GAUGGAGGCGCUGGUGCUGCUGAGCGCGCUGGGCACCCGGCUGCUCUUCGCCCUGCACGCUCUGCUCGGCGUCUGGCGGGUGGCCGAGGCGACGCGGGAGCGCCGGUACUGGCUGCUGGCGCUGCUGAACCUCCCGCUGGGCCUGGAGACGGCGCUGACGCUCAAGCUGAAGCGCGGCAGAGGCUACAAAUGGUUUUCACCGCCCAUCUUUGUCUAUCUCAUUAGCAUAGUGCCAUCAUUGUGGAUUUUGGAACUUCAGCCUAAAAAUCAGUUUUGCCCCAAUGAAUAUGAACAGCUUGUGAAGAACCACAGUAAGAAUGUCAAACUCAGUUACAGAAAUGGUACCACAACAAACAACAUAAUGGAAAAGCUGCAACAGGCCCAUGAGUUUGUCAACACACUCUCCAAAGUGUGUGAGCCCAUCUGGACAUUGAGCCUCCAUCAGACCUUUCUCCUGCUCCUCAUCCUGGGCCGCUGGCUGCUUCCCAUCGGUGGGGAAAUCACCAGGGACCAGUUGUCUCAGCUGCUUCUUCUGUUUGUGGGCACUGCAGCAGAUAUCCUUGAAUUCAACAGUGAAACCUUGGAAAUAGAGAAUGUGCGGAACAAGGAUGCCCUUGUGUAUGCAAUCCUAGCCGUGUGGACUUGGAGUAUGUUGCAGUUCCCUCUGGAUCUAGCAGUGCAGCAUCUCAACUGUGAUCGAAGCGCCUCAUCCACGAAAGUUUUUCAUCUGCUUCUCUGCAGACACAGUGCAGACCUAUGGAACAUCGGCAUCAGCUUGUUCAUUCAGGACGGCCCUUUUCUGGUGGUGCGCUUGAUCCUGAUGAGCUAUUUCCAAGUUGUGAACCAGAUGCUCGUGUUUUUUGCAGCUAAGAAUGUUUUAAUCGUGAUGUUGCAGCUGUACCGCCUGGUGGUGUUAUCACUGGACUUCCAUGCCUCCCUCCAGCGCAGGGCAAACGGCCAGAAAGGAGCAGCCUCAUGGUGCCCACGUGAGCCGAGCUCCCUCAGCCUCCUGACCAACUGCGCGGUCAACAGAGGGGACUCGGCUGCCACCAUCACAGCCCUGGGGGACCCCUUCCCAGACUCAGCCGAGCACCUGUGAGACACGGUCCCUGCUGCACAAGGACCAGCCCCUUCCUCCGCUGGCCACUUUGGAGCGGGCUGGCCUUAGCAAGCAGCCCCGUCUGUCCACUGCCAGAGGAACGU